GCUGGUUGGAAUAGAACUAAAAUACUGACUUCUCGCAACAGGUAUUUUGAGGUGUAGAAGAUUCGGUCUCAUCCGUCAAACAAAUUCUGGAUUUUUCUUGGAAGCCAAUUUCGUAAAACCGACUAAUCGAGUGAAAAAAUGACUGGACGUGGAAAGGGAGGAAAAGGACUGGGAAAGGGAGGCGCCAAGCGUCAUCGUAAGGUGCUCCGUGAUAACAUCCAGGGUAUCACCAAGCCGGCUAUUCGUCGUUUGGCCCGUCGCGGUGGUGUGAAGCGUAUCUCUGGCUUGAUUUACGAAGAAACUCGCGGUGUCCUUAAGGUAUUCCUUGAGAACGUUAUCCGUGACGCUGUCACCUACACUGAGCACGCCAAGCGCAAAACCGUGACCGCCAUGGACGUGGUUUAUGCCCUUAAGCGCCAGGGACGUACCCUCUACGGUUUUGGCGGUUAAACUCGCACUUAAAGCCCCACUUAAUAUGUAUUCAAGGGGCUAACUUAACUACAUUCAAAUUACUUGAUCGAAUUGAACCUUAAUCAGUAGUAUUCAAACACAAACUUAACCAGAAACAUAUUCUAUAAUUCCACAAAAUAUACGGACUAAAUAAAUCAAAAAAUUGCGUAGAGCAAAGAA